UCAUUGUAUCAUUUACCUAGGUGCAGCCAAUAGCCGUGGGCUUUGCCGGUCGACAACUGAUUCGAUGACAGUACCGCCUUUCGCUCUUGCCCCUCCUGUCCUAUUUGUCCAACCUUCGUUCAUUUUGCAGCAUUUAAGCUGCCGUUCAUUUUGCAGCAUUUAAGCUGCCUGGUCUACCUUACCCACGCUGUUCAGGGUUCCUUCUUUCUAGGUCUUCUACUCGUUUUGCCAUUCCCUCUUUUGUUUCCCCCCGCGCGCCCCCCCUUCUUCCUAUUGUCCCGACGCGUCCUAUUGUCCGAAUUGUCCCAUUUCCAUCAUUACUCGCAAUACCAUGGGCAACUACCCGAGCGCGCUCCAGCAGUGCAUCGACACGGUCGGCAACGGCCGGUCCGGCUUCGCAGCCUAUCCGUCCAACCCCUUCUACCAGAUAUCCUGGACCAAACCCUACAAUCUUGACGUCCGCGUCACUCCUGCCGCAGUUGUGCGGCCCCAGACAGCCGAAGAUAUAUCGGGUAUUAUCCAAUGUGCUACCGUCAACAAUGUCAAGGUCCAAGCCAAGUCCGGAGGCCAUUCGUAUGCGAACUACGGCCUUGGCGGCGACAGCGGUGCCGUCGCCAUCGACCUGGUCAACUUUCAGCACUUCAACAUGGACAAGACCACCUGGCAGGCAACUAUCGGGGCCGGCUUCCGCCUCGGCGAGGUUACUAAGCGGCUCCACGGCGCCGGCGGCCGAGCCAUUGCCCAUGGCGUCUGUCCCGAUGUUGGCAUAGGCGGGCAUGCCACAAUUGGAGGGCUGGGUCCAAUGUCGCGCAUGUGGGGCUCUUGCCUUGACCAUGUCAUUGAAGUCGAGGUUGUGACGGCCGAUGGAAAGAUUCAAAGGGCAAACGACAACAAAAACUCGGAUCUCUUCUGGGCCCUGAAAGGAGCAGCCGCAAGCUUCGGAGUCAUUACGGAAUUCGUUGUUCGGACACACUCAGAGCCAGCCAACGUCGUUCAGUACUCGUACUCGUUGAACUUUGGCACCCAGGCUGAGAUGGCAUCAUAUUACUCGGCCUGGCAAGACUUGAUAUCCAACCCAGGACUCGACCGCAGAUUUGGGUCCUUGUUUAUCAUGAUGCCGCUCGGGGCCAUCAUCACUGGCACCUUUUACGGCACCGACGAUGAGUACCACGCCUCAGGAAUCCCCGCUUAUCUUCCUAAAAGCGACAAUCAGGUCGUGGCGAACGACUGGCUCGGAUCCAUUACCCACGAUGGCGAGAACGAAGCGCUGUACCUAUCUAACCUGCCCAACCCGUUCUACUCCAAGAGCAUCGGUUUCAAGCGCGAGGACAUGAUUUCACGCGAGGGCAUCAAGAAGCUCUUCAGCUGGGUCGACAAGCAGGACAAGGGUACGCUACUGUGGGCCAUCAUCUUUGACGCCGCCGGCGGUGCCAUUGGCGACGUGGCCAUGAACGGCACGGCCUUCGCCCACCGCGACAAGAUCCUGUUCUAUCAGUCGUACGGCAUCGGUUUCCCGCUGUCGGACAAGACCAAGAAAUUCCUGACCGGCUUCCACAACCAAGUCCUGUCCGUCGCCCCAACCGGCACCUUUGGCACCUACGCCGGCUACGUCGAUCCUGCCUUGACGGACGGCCAGGAGCAGUACUGGGGCCCCAACCUGGCCCAGCUGCAGAACACGAAGCUGCGGUGGGAUCCGCUGGAUAUCUUUCACAACCCCCAGAGCGUCCGUCCAAUUGCCUCGUGAAGGACCAGGUCAGACACCGGGGAUUAGGGGGGUAGACGCCAGAUUUCGUCUGCCUGAUCGCAUCUCGUCGGCCUGAUCGCAUCUCGUCGAUAGUUU